AUGAUUGGAGUCCUCUUUGCUGUGCUGGCUCUGGCCUCUUGGGCCUCUGGCUGUGGAGACCCUAUCUACCCGCCCAUCGUAUCCAGAGUUGUCGGAGGAGAAGAUGCCAGGCAAAACAGCUGGCCCUGGCAGGCGUCCCUUCAGUACUUGUCAAGUGGGAAAUGGCGUCACACGUGUGGUGGGACCCUCAUUGCAACCAACUGGGUGAUGACUGCGGCUCAUUGUAUAGGUUCCCGGACCUAUCGUGUGUACCUUGGAAAACACAAUCUUGCGAAGGAUGAGUCUGGCUCUGUCGCGAUUUCUCCGGAAAAAAUCAUUGUUCACCCAAACUGGAACCCCAACAGAGUGGCAAACGGGAAUGAUAUCGCACUGAUCAAACUCUCCCAGCACGUCCCUCCGAGCAACAUGAUCGGGCCGGCGUGCCUCCCGAAGCCGAACAGCCUCUUGCCGAAUGGCGCUGCCUGCUACGUCACCGGGUGGGGAAGACUGAUCACCAACGGGCCCUUGCCUGACAUCCUGCAGCAGGGCCUCCUGCUCGUCGUGGACCACGCCACCUGCACCCAGCCCAGCUGGUGGGGCAGCACGGUCAAGACCACCAUGGUCUGUGCUGGUGGCGAUGGCAACAUCUCCAGCUGCAACGGGGACUCCGGGGGGCCGCUCAACUGCCAGUCCUCCAGCGGCAAGUGGGAGGUGCACGGCGUGGUCAGCUUCGGCUCGUCCCUGGGCUGCAAUUAUCCCCGGAAGCCGUCCGUCUUCACCCGCGUCUCCGCCUUCAACAGCUGGAUCUCUCAGGAGGUUGCUGAAGAGAUGCUGUGA